AGGUGAAUUUAUCGUUCCUUUUAAAAUUUCAAAUGUCUUGUAGAUUCUAAGGAGUAACAUUCGUAAAGAAAGAAUAGAAAAUUGCUCGUAGAUUGUUACCUUAGAGAUGGAGGACUUCAUCAAAAAGAUGAACAUCUUUGAGAGAACGAUCCUGCAGAGAUACGUCGACAGAUGCGCCAUGUUUCAUCUUGCGAUGACGUUUAGUUAUUACACGAUCUGUGUGGCCUUCAUCCUGGGACCGACGAUAUUACCACGUCCAUUUCCAACAUUCGCCGAAUAUCCGUUCAAAGUAGAAUCGCAUCCCAUCCACGAGAUCAUUUAUUUUCAGCAAGCAUUCGUUGGCAUCCAAGCUGCCGUAGGUGUGACUAUCGACUGUCAGGUUGCUUUUUUACUUUGGUACACAGGAGCUAGAUUCGAAAUAUUAGCGAUUAAAUUGACUAAUAUCGUUAAUGAGGACGAAUUAAAAGCUUGCAUUAAAUUACAUGGCGAUUUACUAAGUUAUCCAUUGUCGAAAUUACUUUGCAGAUAUGGAAAGAACGUUGUCAAAGCAGUACGUUUUAUAAUACUCACGAGUAUUGGUGUUUCAUCGGCAGAUUCGAUAACACUGAAAUUACAAUUUGUCUCGUUGAUGACUGGAUCGAUCUUCGAAUUGUUUUUAUGCUGUCGACCAGCAGACAAUCUGAUGGAAAUGGUAAAUAAUUUUCUUGAUUACUAUAUAAUAAUUAUUAAUUUCUUAAUCGUGUCGCAGAGUUCUGCUGUCGGAUCAGCAGCAUAUCGGUCCAAUUGGAUCGAUAAGUCUGCAAGGAUGAAAAGCAGUAUAUAUUUUUUGAUACAGAGGUCUCAGAAACCUAUAACUAUUUCGGUCGAUGGUAUCUUACCUCCGUUAUCCUUGCAGUAUUAUCUAUCGUUUCUAAGUGCAUCCUUCCGAUACUUUACGACUCUCCGAGCAUUUCUUAUAGAAUAACAUGUAAA